UGUCAAAUUUCUCAUGUGUCAAAUUUUCAACUUGUGCAGCAUUUUGAUUUGAUAAAAAAUAAAUUUUUUCUUCCUUAUUUCAAAGUAAUUUUAAGUUUAUUUAAAUAAAAAAUUAAAUAAACAUAAUUACAUAGGUUCUUAAACAACAACAAUGGCAAAUUUACAAAAUGCUGCCGACAAAGCAUUAAAAAUGUUACGAACUCUACCUCGAGUACAAAUUGGAAAUAUUCGACCAAAUCCUAACUCAAAGCAAAAUGAUAAACGUGGUCGUGGUCAACACGGCGGUGACAAACACGGCGCUGGUAACAAAGGCUCCGGCCAACGACAAAAUUUCAUGCGAUUGGGUUAUGAAACAGGCAACACGCCCUUUUACCUUCGUUUCCCCUACGAACCAUAUUACAAGGGACACCAUUUACGUCGACAAUAUCCUUUGAUUUCCCUAAAACAGUUGCAAGUUCUUAUUGACACCAAUCGCAUUGACACUUCCAAGCCGAUUGAUGUGACAACUUUGUGUGCAACUGGAUUGUUUCCAUUGUCCCCAAAUGAAAUGCAAUUUGGUUUCCAAUUAACCGAUGAAGGUGCAGAUAGUUUCAAAUCAAAGAUUUGCAUUGAAGUUCAACACGCCAAAGAAUCGGUGAUUGCAGCAAUCGAAAGAAAUGGUGGUGUCAUUCGAACCGCCUACUAUGACCCUUUGAGUCUACAGAUUCUAGUAAAUCCUGCAAAAUGGUUUGAGAAAUGUGUCCCAAUACCAAAGCGGGCAUUGCCACCACAAGAUUGUGUUGGUUAUUAUACAUCGGGACAGAAUCGAGGUUAUUUGGCAAAUCCGGAAGAAGUUAGUCAAGAACGUUUGGUUUUGGCACAGAAAUAUGGAUAUGAAUUGCCGAAAAUUGAAGAGGAUCCGGAUUAUAAAAUGUUGACAUCACUUAAAGAUGCUAGGCAGAUAUUUUUUGGUCUAAAUCCGGGAUGGGUGGUUAGUUUGAAAGAUAAAGCAAUUAUUAAACCUAAGUCGCAGACGCAGUAAAAUUGUAGUUUAAAUUGUUAUAAAAUAAAAGUUACAAGUCAGCUUUA